AAAUCAAAACUCUCCUCUUUCGGCUCUGUCAACAGUUACCCCGUUAUUGCACAACUGGCCAAUCUGCCCUGAUCUAUGAGAAAUUCCCGAGGAGUUGGUGGUGGAUGCUUGGUUGGGUGGUUGCCAGAUCUCCAUCCAAACGGAUCCGAAAGCCAUGACAGCCAUUGGGCUGAAUUCCAAGCACAAAUUUACCAACAAGCCAUGUCUGAGAUCCUCCGGUCACUAUGUCGGCCAGGCGCAUAUGGACAAAACAUAGUGUGUGCAGAUGGGGUGACGAGACACAUUUUCCCUUUCAUAUUUGGACUCAUUGCAGACAAUCAAGAAAUGUGA